AUGGAGUACAAGAGAGCAACUAUUGUCUUAAAAUCCGGAGACCAGAAUUGGAUAACUGUCUCCAGAUCUCUAAAGCCCUUCGCCGAAAAAGAAGCUUUGCGCCCUCCAGAUUGGUUUUCCCACAAAGCUUGCGCAAACCAGUACACUCGUCUCCUGGAAAACGUCGACACACCUAAAAGAAAAAAACGCGAGAGCGGAGAUACAAUAGGAGAGUCAAUAGUCAAGCGACUGACCCAAGAAAGAACCGCCGAAUUGGGUCAAAUAUUAGCCUUCCAACGAGACGAGUACCAGCAGUUAAAAUCAGAAGUAAAUUUACUAAAGUCUGGAUCUAUCAGCGAUGACAAGCUUCAGAAGAUGUGGCAGGCUAUUGAGCAGGAGGAGAGAGAGCAGGAGCAAAAAGCCAAAGCUCACAGUGUUUGGUUAGCCAAGCGUCAGCAGAAACAGGAUCUUACAAGUCAAUCACCUGCUCCAUUAACUCCAUUAAAGAAAACUUUGGAUUUAAAUGAUACCCCAGAAGACACUAAUGAUGAAGAAGAAAAAAAGCGAGGGUCCUCUACUUUACUAACAAACCUCCUAAAAGCUCCUAGUCCGACAAAACAGAUUCAAAAUGCGACUUCAACGGCCCAGGUUACCUCUCCAACAAUUGCUAGCCUCUUAAAUUCUAGUGGAAGCGUUCACAUGGUGUCUUCAGCGCCCCAGAAUGUCACAGCGCCAAUUCAUCAUAUUGUUACCUCUGUAAUUCCCUCUGGAACGCCUGAAAGACCUUCAGCAGGAGCUCCAACGCUCUCUAUGCUAUUGGCGCUGCCUGCUAAUUUGCCGAAAGGGCCACUUCCUACCUUACCGGCCGCCAAAAGCGACACAGAGACAUCUGUGAGGUCUUCUGGUACUAAAUCUGUGAACCAAGCUCCAGCGAUUCAGUUGUCGAAUGCUGAAGCUGAGAUUGCUAAUAGUGAUAAUGUGGGAGAGAUUAUUGAGCAGAUUGAUGAUGUUAUAGGCAAAGAUAAUCUUCCGGAUGUUAUUGAUAAGGAUGAGAUCAAUGAGAUUAUGGAGGAUAUUGAGGAACUUAUUAAGGAAGAAAUUACUAAGAGCCCUCAGACGGAGGUGAGGGAGGUGGUUUCUAAGGGUGAGACAUUUCCUGGGGUGGAGAAAAAUGAAGAAGUAGAGGCUAAGGUUGAGAAAACUAUUUCGUUGACUGAUUCUCCGGAGAGCGAGAUGGCCAUUGAGGAAAUUGAGCACAGCUCCAGUAAUAUUGCGGAGAUUAUUGGAACUUCUAUUGAGACUUCCAAGGUAGCUCACCAGGAGAAGAAAGAGGAGAAGGAGGAGAUAGAGGAAGUUGGGGAUAAGAUUGAGGAGGAAGUGAAAAAGGAGGUUGAAGGAGAAGGUAAGGUUGGGGAGGAGAGGAAGGAGGAGGAAAAAAUGGAGGUGGAAGAAGAUGCAGUGGAGGGGGAGAAGGUUGAGAAGGAAGAGAAAGAGGAGGUUGAGGAGGUGGAGGUUAAGGAAGGAAUUGAGGAGGUUAAGGAAGAGGAGAUGGAGGAAAAGAAUAAGGUUGAGGAUAAGGAGGAGGAGGAGGAGGAUAAAAAAGAGGAGAAGGAGGAAAUUGAGGAAAUUUGUGAGAAGAAAGAAGAUGUUGGAAAGGAGGAUAAGGAGGAGUGGGAAGAAGAGAUUAAGGAAGCUAAAGAAGAGUAUAAGGAGUUGAAGGAUGAAGUUGAGGAGGAAAAAGUUGAAGAGGAGGUUGGAGAGGAUAAGAAGGUGAAGGAGGAGAAGAAGGAGGUAGAGGUGGAGGAAAAAAAGGAAGGUUCUAAAGAAGAAAUAGUGGUUGAGGAGGUUAAUAAGGAGGAGAAAGAAGUUGAAGGAGAAAAGAAUGAGGAAGAAGUUAAGGAGGAAAUUAGUGAGGCUGAGAAGGAAGAAGAAAAGGUGGAGGAAAAGGAGGAUAAAGAGGAGAAAGAGGUUAAAGGAGAGGAGGAAGUUAAAGAAGAAGAGAAAGAGGAGGAAAAAGAGGUAGAAAAGGAGGAGGAGGUUAAAAUUGAGAAAAAGGAGGAAGAGAAGGAAGAAAAAGAGAAGGAUGAGAAAGAAGAAGAAAAAAUAGAGGAUUUGGAAGUUGAGGAUAAAGAUGAGGUUAAGGAUGAGGAUGAAGAGGUUAAAGAAGAAGAGGCUGAAGAAAGUGUUGAGGAGAUGAAGGAGGAAAAGGAAGAAAAAGAGGAGGUUAAAGAGGAAAAGGAAGAAAAGGUGGUUGAAAAUAAAGAUGAAGAAGAAAAAGAGAAAGUUGAGAAAAUUGAGGAGAAAGUUGAGACUAAGGAGGCAGAAGAAGUUGAGGUUAAGAAAGAAGAGUCUGUUACUUUGCCGGAAAAUCUUCAACCAGAAGUUGAAGAAGAGUCCUCGCUUAUAAAACUUAGCGGUGGUCGCGCUAUGAAGACUUACUCGAAGAAACAAAAUAUGCUAGUAGGAGUUACGAAAGACGUAUCUUUUAGAAGAGAAACAAGAACAGCUGGAAGUAGUAACAGUGAAUUCAAUGAAAUAAAUAUUUUAAAGAGAAAACGAAGUCAUAUUACUCCAAGUCCACAUGAUUCCGAGAGCCCACGACUGAAGAAACGCCGAAAAUCUGAAAAUGAUUAA